AAUUCAGUUUUUCUUACAAUACAAUGGCCCACCAAUUGACCGCUAAAGCAAUUAUCUUUGAUCUCGAUGGUACCCUUAUUGAUACCACCCCAGUUGUUAUCAAACAUUGGUUGGACUUUGCUGCUGAGCACAAUUUGGAUGGUGAAAAGAUCUUGGCCAUGUCGCAUGGCCGUCGUACAAUCGAGACAAUAUCUGCCUGGGUACCUGAGAAGGCGACAAAUGAAAUGGUGGACUAUUACGAAAGAAAGCUGGCAAUGGAGACAGAGGGUGUAAGCAUCUUACCCGGUGUCGAAGAAUUAAUUAAAAAUAUCCCGGCUGGUCGUUACGGAAUAUAUACAUCUGGAACUCAAUUCAUGGCCGAAUCUCGUCUCAAACAAUGUCAUAUGGUGAUACCAGAAGUGAUGUGCACUGGGGACAAAAUUAUUCAAGGCAAGCCUUUCCCUGAAGGCUACUUGAUUGCUGCAAAGGGCCUUGGUACCGAUCCUAAAGACUGUGUUGUUUUUGAAGAUGCCCCUGCAGGUGUCAAAGCAGCCAUUGCAGGAGGAAUGAAGUGUAUAGCCUGUACGACAACUCAUUCCGUAGAAGAAUUGAGAGAGGCCGGAGCAACCUAUAUCGUCGAGUUUCUCACAGACGUUGAUGUGAAGGCUCUUUCUGACGAGACGAUGGAAAUAACUAUCAAAAAUACUUUAUAAAUAAACAAAAUAAAAAUAUAAGGCACCAUCAUAUUAAACGUUAUCAAUC